AUGCUGGGGAUUCUAUCUUUACUUCUACUGGCAGCACAUCUGCCCAGCGUUCUUACCUCGCCCUUGGAACUCCCGAAACGCGCGCCGAAUAACCAUGCAGAUGCAAGGUCACACCCGAACAUCGACCCGGGCAAGCUAGGAGCUGUCGCCAGCGAAAGCUCGAUCUGCUCGCGGCACGGAACAGAGAUCUUGAAAAAGGGGGGCAAUGCUGCCGAUGCUGUGAGGAUUCCUGGGCACCCCAAUUUGCCAAGGCGCCGGUUGCAUUUUCGCAGGGAAUUCGAUCUCACCAACUUCAAAGAAGAGUUGGAGAAGAGUGGAACCGACAGACUGACUUUGCUGCUAGGCAUGUACCACAGCGGCAUCGGUGGGGGCGGGUUUAUGCUCGUGCGCGCCCCCAAUGGCUCCUACGAGUUCAUUGAUUUCCGCGAAACCGCCCCGGCGGCGGCGUUUCAGGAUAUUGGCGUACCCGGCGAAGUGCGGGGAUUGGAGUAUCUCCACAAGAAUUACGGCUCGCUUUCCUGGUCGACCGUGCUGCAGCCGGCGAUUCGCACUGCUCGGAAUGGAUUCCCCGUGUCCGAGGACUUGGUGAAAUACAUGAAGUCGGCCACGAGUGACAGCGAAGACUUUUUGACCAAAGACCCAACAUGGGCGAUCGACUUUGCUCCCAAUGGAACUCGCUUGGGUCUGGGGGAUACUAUUACGCGCAAGCGGCUGGCUAAUACCCUCGAGACCAUUGCCAACCAUGGGGCGGAUGCAUUCUACACCGGCAAGAUGGCCAAGGCGAUGAUUGCGGCGGUUCAGCGUACAAAUGGGACAAUGACCCUGAACGAUUUGCGCGACUACCGUCUGGCGUUUCGAAACACCUCCCAGAUUGAUUACCGAGGGUAUAAAAUCACCAGCACCACGGCCCCGUCCAGUGGGAUUAUUGCCAUGGGGAUUCUCAAGGUCUUGGAAACCUAUAAAGAUCUCUUUUCCUCGGAUAAGACUCUGAACCUGAGUACUCACCGGCUGGACGAGGCCAUUCGGUUUGGAUAUGGAGAGCGAGCCAAGCUGGGUGACCCCAAGUUUGUUCCGAAGAUGGACGAGUACCAGCGGGAUAUCCUGAAGAAAGCCACCAUCGAUGAUAUCCGCGGGAAGAUCUCUGAUACGCGAACCCAGAAUGUGUCCAGCUAUGAUCCAGCAGGAAUAGAAAGCCUGGACACGCCUGGCACUUCGUACAUUGCCGCAGCCGACCACUCCGGUCUGGCAAUCUCCGUGACCACCACGAUCAACUUGCUGUUCGGCAGUCAUGUCAUGGUCCCCGAGACGGGAAUCAUCAUGAACAACGAAAUGGACGGUAAGUGCAACAGCACGGUGAAACAACCCUGGAGGGUAUCAGGUAUCCCGUCCAUGCAAACUAAACAAUCCCCAGACUUCUCGACCCCCGGCUCAUCAAACUCGUUCGGCUACAUUCCCUCAGUCGCCAACUACAUCCGACCCGGCAAACGACCCCUAUCGUCCAUCACUCCCGCCAUCGUGACCCGCCCCGACGGCAAGCUCUUCAUGCUGGCCGGGUCCGCAGGCGGCAGCCGCAUCCUCACGGCGACAGUCCAGAAUAUCAUCCAUGUCAUAGACCAGGGACUCUCGGCAGCCCAGGCACUCGCCAAGCCUCGGCUGCAUGACCAGCUGGUUCCUAACAAGGUGACCUUUGAGUAUGCCUACGACAACUCGACCGUGGCUUUUAUGAAGGCCCGCGGUCACAAUGUUUCUUGGGUUGCGCCGGGUCAGAGUACUGCGCAUCUCAUUCGGGUGUUGCCCAAUGGUACUUUUGAUGCUGCUGGAGAACCGCGACAGGUCAAUUCGGGUGGGUUCUCGGUAUAG